UUUUUUAUUUGAAUGUUGACUUUCAAUCAGGAAUGGAUACAAUUGCAACUUUUAUUCAGUAUAAUGGCUAUUGGAAUGAUAAACUCCAGUAUACAAAUUUUUCUGUUAAGGGACUUCUUAUUCCAAAAGAUUCUAGUAUGAAUAAUCUUGAACAAUUAUUGGCAAACCAGCUACAAGUGAAUUUAGAAGAAGAAAAUCUGAAAAUCAAGUAUCAGGUUAAACCAGAUUAUCCACCGCUAAUAAUACAAGAUAAUGAUGCUUUGGUAUUCUACUUCCAAAUGAAAAGCAAACAAUCAGAUCCAACACAGUUUCCACUUUGCAUUGAAAUUGAAAAAAAAAAUGAGAGAUAUAUCAUUAUACGUUUCAUCAUCGAGAUCAACACAACAAAACAUCAACAAAAAUGCAGAAGUUUGUCAACAGCAAGACAACUCAACAAAUAUUGAUAAUUCAGAGUCGGUUUCAAACAUGUUUCAAUAUGCAACAAAUGUCGGAAAUUUGUUAAAUGAAGAUCAAGAAGUCGAGAGCCCGUACGUAGAG